GCCGCCGCCGCUGGCAUGAGCUCCACGCAGUUCAACAAGGGGCCCUCGUACGGGCUCUCGGCUGAGGUCAAGAACCGGCUUCUGUCCAAGUAUGACCCUCAGAAGGAGGCGGAGCUCCGAGGCUGGAUCGAGGGACUCACAGGCCUGUCUAUCGGUCCCGACUUCCAGAAGGGUCUGAAGGAUGGAAUUAUCCUGUGCACACUCAUGAAUAAGCUGCAGCCGGGCUCAGUCCCCAAGAUCAACCGCUCCAUGCAAAACUGGCACCAGCUAGAAAACCUCUCCAACUUCAUCAAGGCCAUGGUCAGCUACGGCAUGAACCCUGUGGACCUGUUCGAGGCCAAUGACCUGUUUGAGAGUGGAAACAUGACACAGGUGCAGGUGUCUCUUCUGGCUCUGGCAGGGAAGGCCAAGACUAAGGGGCUGCAGAGUGGCGUGGACAUUGGCAUCAAGUACUCAGAGAAGCAGGAGCGGAAUUUUGAUGACGCCACCAUGAAGGCGGGCCAGUGUGUCAUCGGGCUCCAGAUGGGUACCAACAAGUGUGCCAGCCAGUCAGGCAUGACGGCCUAUGGUACAAGAAGGCAUCUGUACGACCCCAAGAACCAUAUCCUGCCACCCAUGGACCACUCAACCAUCAGCCUGCAAAUGGGCACCAACAAGUGUGCCAGCCAGGUGGGCAUGACGGCUCCUGGGACCCGGCGGCACAUCUAUGACACCAAGCUGGGGACCGACAAGUGUGACAAUUCCUCCAUGUCUCUGCAGAUGGGCUACACACAGGGUGCCAACCAGAGCGGCCAGGUCUUUGGCCUGGGCCGGCAGAUAUACGACCCCAAGUACUGCCCACAAGGCCCAGUGGCUGACGGGGCUCCAGGGUCAGUUGGCGACUGCCCAAGCCCAGGGAAGGCCCCGGAGUACCCUCCGUACUACCAAGAGGAGGCGGGCUACUGAGGCCCCAUCCUUGCAGAGUGUCUCCUCACGCCAUCGUCCCGUCGGGAAUUUGGGGGUUUUCUACGUUUUCAUCUUGUUUUUCUGUGUGUUUAAGUUGAGGGUCUGUGAAAGCCAGAGCCAAAUGCAUAUAGGGUGGGGGUCCCUGCUAGGGCACACCCAGGUAGCAAAUUUCCCAGCAGGCUUAGGGCCAA